AUGGCGCGCGCGGGCAAGCUGGAGGAGGCCGAGAAGCUGCUGAAAAAGGCCAACAAGCUGUGGCAGCCCUCCAUCCUGGACAUGCGGCUCAAGCCAGACUGGGAGGGUGCGGCGCCGCUGUUUGAGAAGGCGGCCCUUGCGUUCAAGCAAUCCGGGGAGCUGGAGAAGAGCCGCGCCGCGUACGAGCGCGCCGCGAUGAGCCAGGACAAGAUCGGCAGCACGUGGCACGCGGCCAAGCACCUGGAGAGCGCCAGCCAAAUCAGCCGUGACCUGGGAGAGUGGGGCAGCGUGGCGGACUUUGCGCGGCAGGCGGCGGGGUACUUUGCGCAGGCGGGGCGGCCGACGGCGGGCGCGGACGCGCUGGCCCGCGGCGCGAAGCAGCUGGAGGAGGCGAGCCCCUCGGACGCGCACGCGCUGUACAAGGAGGCGCUCGACAUGUACGAGGUUGACGGCAAGGAGGGGCAGGCCGGCGACGUGUUCCGCCAGGCCGUCGCGUGCCUGGUGCGCAAUGGCAAGUACGGCGACGCGGCUGGCCUUCUCAUGCGGUUUGGAGAGGCCUGCGACUCGGUGGGCGCGCGCAGCAGCCAGUGCAAAGCAUACCUUGGGGCCGUGGUUGCGUGGCUCUACGCACAGGACGCGCGGGAGGCGUGGCAGGUGUUCCAGGAUGCGAUGGGCGUGGACGCCUUCAGCAGCAGCGACGAGGCGUUCGCGGCGGACGCCCUGUUUUUAUCAUAUGCGGACGGCAACGCCGAGAAGGUCAAGGCGCUGGUGCAGAGCAAGGCGGCCUUCCGGCAGCUGGAUGCGGCGGUGGGGCGGCUUGCAGUGAAGCUUCCCAUUGGAGACCUCGCACCCCAAGCAGCCGCGAUCAAGGAUCUCAUGGGGGGCGGUGCAGGGGAGGAGCAGGAGGGCAGCGAAGACGAGCUCAUGUGA